UUGGAAGGGCAUCAGUUGUUCUUUGAAACAUCACAAACCACAAUGUACAAGCUAGUAGUGUUGAGCGUUCUUCUCGCCUUGGCCGUUGCCGAGCCUGAGCCGAAGCCGGGCACCUUUAUUGCACCUCUGCCGAUCAGUCCGUACGCAAACGUUGUGGUGCCAGCAUCUACGACGAUCACAAAGCAAGCGAGCAGCAUUCUACACCCAUCGCCAUUCGUCUACAACACGCCAGUGGCCCUCACGCAUUUCAUCAAGAAACGUUCUGCUCCCCUGACGUACAUCGCGCCGUCCUACGCCGCACCUCUGGCGGCUACUUACAACGCGCCUAUUGCUAGGCCACCUCUAUUCGCAUCACCGUUCGUGGCCCCACUGCCCUACGUAGCUGCAACACACUUGAUCAAGAAGCGAUCUGCUCCUUUCCUACCUACAACUUACAUAACUCCCACAACCUAUGCUGCGUCCACACCUCUGUUGGCAUCUACUUACACAACCACACCUCUUCUUUCAUCACCCCUGAUUCCCUCCACUCCAAUUAUCUCCUCACCCGUUACGCAUUUCAUCAAAAAGCGCUCUGCUCCUUUUGUAAGCCUUACUCCAACUGCCUAUUCACAGCAGUCCAGAAUCGAUCUCCAGUCUACCCCUGUCAUUAAUACUCAAUAUACUUAUCCCCUGCCAGCUAGUCCUAUUGCUUACUCCCACGUAUUCUAAAUAUUGUAUUAAUAUGAGAGUACUGAAAAGUCAGACAAAUUGAAAAUGUCGACAUAAAUGUAAAUCCUAAAUCCCCAUCCACUUUCAACGGGUGUAAUAUGUUCCACCAUGUAUAUAUGUUUCAGAUAUAAAUUAAAUUUGGGAAAAAUAUAUAUAUUAUCAUUUUACAA